CCCUCGCCUCGGUAAACCAAGCCGAAAGUUCUCGCGUGCUGAGGGGAGGUUUAGCCAACCGUGCUAAGGAAAGUUAACCCAGGCGUGCGGUGUGGAUAUAACUACGUCAAAUGAGGUGUAAAAUGUUUAUGAAACAUUCUUAACGUGUAAAGUAGGUGAGGUGGGCGGAAUUAUAGUUGGUUGCGAUUUCUCGGCGGUGUCCUGUCUGAAGAGGUGACCUGGAGAAUGAACUCUUGAUUUGGAGCCACAACAAAUGACAGAUGGACAAGACUUGCAAACUGAUGUUGGGGAUAUUAACAGCUUUUGCCCUAUGCAAAUAUUCCCAGGCUGAAUGGAAUGCCACAAAAGAUACAGCAAAUAAAACCGUGUCCUGCAGGUCCCAUGACAACAGCAGCAACUGCACAGAUGCAGAGGAUGACCACAGAUGGAAUGGCCACUUUUCCAAGUGUCCUCAAGAGUAUACACAUUACUGUAUCCAUGGAACCUGCCACUUUGUGCAGGAGCAGAACAGUCCUGCCUGCAGAUGUGAAGAAGGAUAUAUAGGUGCAAGAUGUGAAUAUUUAUACCAUGACUGGCUGGUGGGAGAUCGGAAGCAUAUAGUCAUUGCUGGUGCUGUAGCUGGACUGGUCUUUCUGCUUCUAGUCAUUGUCUUCAUAUGCAUCUGUGCACAUAGGCUAAACCUAUGUCGAAAAAGGAGAAGAAAAAAGGAGAAAAUGGAUGAGGUAGAAACACUUCAUGCGCUUCAUACACUGAACACAAAUGAAGCUUCAUUUGCCCCUGCAGACACGUCUGAUACAAAUGAAGUAUAAAUGCUGUGAAGCAGGACUACAGGGUUUUCCUCCUGCUGGACAGGAUGACAGCCUGACUGAUAAAUGAACCUUAAGGUGUGAAAGACUGAGGUGUUCCUCUGAGGAGUGCGGCUGAAAGUGGACUUUAAAUGGACCUGGAGGAUGUGACAUGUGAGCCAGCCUUUGCUGUUAAGUGCACUGUUGCGCUCUCUUCCCUUUAAGAGACAACUGCCUUGCUGGAUUAAAAGCAGGCCAGCAGCUGCAAGUAGUUGUGGUGGCAGGAAGGUGGGCAUCGAUGUACUUUAAAGUAAAACAGUGUCAUCAUGGAAUUCAUCAAUCUGUGCAUGGGUGGUCUACAGUUUGAGUGAGGUUAACACUGAAGUGUAAUGCCCAUGGUGGAAUGUUAUGUGUGUUAUGAACAACUGUCAUUUCACAAGGCCAGGAUAAAGAAGCUGCAUUCCAGUCAAUGAACUGGAUUAAUGAAUAAGUUGAGAUAAAUGGAGAGGUUACUUAUUACGUCAAUGGAUCAGUCACUCUGUAAUGCUCUAAAUGAAACUAGAAUAGAGUUAUUAUAUUAUGCAGACUCUUCCUGCCAGAUAAACAAAGGUUUAUGGAGAGAGUUCUCAAGACCCUCUGGGGCAACGUGCAAUGAUAGGCUUUGAAUGCAUCUUUCUUUUGGCAGUUACCUCAGAAUCAGUUUAAUAUUUACUUUAGCAUUUCAUGUUGCUUGCUUUUUGCUUUGCCCAAGGUUUAAGAAAACCAACAGAAAAUCUUGUUUUUGAUUUCUUUGGCCUAUUUAUUGCUGUCUUCUAUAAAUGUAUAGUGUUGUCAUGUAAUGUUUCAGUUGUGUCAAAUAUUCCCUGCUGUUUGGACAACAAAAAGGGUAAAUGCAUUAGUUCCUCUGUAGAGAGCUUCUUGUGUAAAGUAUAAGCACAAUAAAUCUUUUAUUGUUACAUAUUUGCCUAUGAAAUUACAUUUAUUUCACAGCCAUGCUUUCACACAAUACUGUUGCUUCAGACACUGCUUUUUAUACUGUACUGUACAAAAGUCAGAAAACUUUCUUUUAUUCUUUUUCCAGAUAAACCAGCCAUUAAGUUUAAGUUAUUCAUUUUUCAGUGUCAGAACAUAAGUAGAAAGCAUAUAUAAUAGAUAUUUAACAGCUAAGCUGUUGUUGCUCCUAGGUGCUUCCAUUUCACAAUAAUAGCACUUACAGUUGACCGGGGCAGGUCUAGCAGGUCAGAAAUUUUGUCUUUGAAGUUGGUUGCAUUUUCUGCUUCUCAUGACCCAAGUAGUCCCAAAUACAAAUUUAGACAUAGCAGUCCAUAAAACCUUACUCCACACCUCAGAUGUCCAGUUCCAAUGCAAAUAUUCUUCGUUUAAGAUGGAAAGGAUGGAGGAGUUAAAAUGGCAGUAGGGUGCAUAAAGGUAAAGAGUGGAAAAAUUAAAUAAUAAUUGUAAUAAUAAUGAUUAAAAAAUAAUUGUAAUUAAUGGCUCUUAAGUGAACUGUACUUCUGUUGUGCGCUGUCGCCUCACAGCAAGAAG